CGUUUGAAGAAUAAUGGCAGCCGGGCCGAUUGCUGAACGCAAUCAAGAUGCCACAAUAUACGUGGGAGGUUUGGAUGACAAAGUCACAGAAUCCCUUUUAUGGGAGUUAUUUGUACAGUCUGGUCCUGUUGUUAAUGUACACAUGCCCAAAGACAGAGUGACGCAAAUGCAUCAAGGCUAUGGAUUUGUUGAGUUCAUGGGAGAGGAAGAUGCAGAUUAUGCUAUAAAAAUAAUGAACAUGAUCAAGUUGUAUGGAAAGCCUAUUCGUGUGAAUAAAGCCAGUGCUCAUCAAAAGAAUCUUGAUGUCGGGGCCAAUAUUUUCAUUGGUAAUCUUGACCUGGAGGUUGAUGAAAAGUUGUUAUACGAUACAUUCUCUGCUUUUGGAGUAAUCCUUCAAACACCGAAAAUUAUGAGGGAUCCAGAGACUGGUAACUCAAAGGGUUUCGCCUUCAUUAAUUUUGCAUCGUUCGAUGCCAGUGACGCUAGUAUCGAAGCUAUGAACGGCCAAUAUUUGUGUAAUCGACCGAUCUCUGUGUCCUAUGCGUUCAAGCGUGACGCCAAAGGUGAACGACACGGCAGUGCAGCCGAGCGUCUGCUGGCCGCUCAGAAUCCACUGAGCCAAGCGGAUAGGCCUCAUCAACUGUUUGCGGAUGCACCCCCCAUGAUGCCAGUGAUGCCAAACAUGCCCAUGCCCCAUCCCCCGCAUCACAUGAUGCACGGUAUGGUGAUGCCACCGCCACCGCCACCGACGGGGCCGAUGCCGCCUAUGGGCAAUCCUCCUCCUCCACCUGUGCCACCACCACCAACGGGCUUCCCGUCUGGCAUCCCACCGCCUCCUCUGCCGCCGAUGCCCAACAUGCCAGCCCAUCCUCCUCUACCUCCGGGCAUGCCGCCACCUCUGCCGCCAAUGCCCAACCAGCAGAACCAACAGCAGAGAAUGAUGGGGCCACCCCAGUGGGGCGCCCCGCCUGGACAAUUUCCACCACCUCCACCACCCACCGGUGCUCCACAGUUCGGACAGCCCUUCCCGCCUCAGCCGCCUCUACCACGAGUACCACCAAACGCUUGGAGGCCCCCUCCGCCGUUCCUUCCGAGGAGUAUGCCACCGCCACCACCGUAGCCCGUCAGUUGAAGCAUUCAAUGGCUUGGCUCUAGAAUAGAGUUGCGGAUGCUGAGGACUUGAAUGAAGUGAUUUGUAAGUUACUACGUCGUGCGUAUGACUAUGUGUGAGACGACGAUUCGGUCAGUGAUUUCAUCAUAAGUGUAUAAAUUAAUUCAAUGUCAUUGACGCGGUAGGUUUACGUAGCUAGGAAUUUUUCAGUGUAUUUCAAAUAAUUAAUUUUGUAUGUUUAAAGGCGAUUCUUUAUUCAGUCGAUACAAUACAUGAGAAACAGUACAACCAUGUUGAAAGAAAAAAAAAAAAAAUACCAAUUUUGUAUAAUACAUAUUUUAAA